CGAGAAAUGCAUUCUCUGAAGCAAACGCUGUACAGCGCUCGUAGCUGAAUUCAAUUCAUUGCAUGAUUACACGCUGAAUUCAUUUUGGUUUAUUUUUUGAGUCGUGUUUUCCCAUCGAAUCCAUGCCCAUGACCCAUUCGGAACGACGCUCCACCAACUGCGUAUAGCACGCACUGACUGCAUGCGCCCCUGCCCAGCGAGCCGUGACUGUUGCCGCGUUUAAGUGGCUUAUCUUUCGGAAAUGACGAGGGAAUAGCAGGAUAGAGCUGCGUUUGCAAUUGAGAAGAAUGUCGACGGCCUCCGGUGCCGAAGAUGAGGGGCGAACGAUCGGCCUCUUCAUCUUCGGCAUCGUUUGCCAUCUAUUUUAUGGAGCAGGUGGGUGGACUUGUUUCGCAUAUAAUCUUCAGGGGAGUAACCUCACAAAAGUGAGCUGUGGCGUCUUUUAGUCUAAUACAGAUGAGGCACUACAUCCUCCGUGUCCAUUCAGGAAGAUGCAACGGGCUACAUCAUUUUUAUAAACUUAAAGACACUUCUUCUUUCAUUCUCCGGGCAACACCGGCACUGCUCUCGGCCUUUGCCUGCAGAAACGAGCACAUUUAGACGACGAUGACGGUUGUGGUGCGCCAUACUACUAUAGCAAACGGUGGAUGUGGGGACUCUUUGUCUACAUGAGUGCACAAGUGCUCACCGCAUUAGCAUUUAUGUUCGCGGCACAAAGUGCGUUGGCGCCAUUAUUGCCGACUACGCUUGUCGCUAAUAGCGUUUUUGCGCGGACGAUAUUGAAAGAACAGGUAGCACAUUUAGACUUGAAGCUUGGAUCGUUUUGAUUCUUCUUUAUUCUGAGUUUCAUGAAGGUGCUCCUCUCAUGUAUAUUUUCAAGAAAUGCAGCCUCAGACUCUUGCAUAAUAUUCUUCAACUAAGCAGUAGUACCCCAUGCUUCAGCACAUGCAACUACUUAGACUACACACGACCGACUACAGAUAACGAAAUAUGAUGUCCAUGGGAUGGUAUUCAUUGCGAUUGGAGCUGGUCUCGUGGUCUCUGGCGCACCUGUCGUCGAUCCUCCUAGCGGGGAUCACCACGAUGAGCUGGACAACCUGUUUUUUGACUACCUAUUCGAGGGAGUGUUUCUUUACACUGCGUGCGUCAUCGUCCUCUGCAUUGUAGGAACGGUGAUAGUGGUUGGAAGAAAGAAGCAAGAGGUUGCGAAAACUCUCUCGGAGAAAGAGAACGAUGCUGGAAAAGUUCUGGAGUCCGUGGAGGGUGUAGUCAUAGGGCAUACGUUUUUGUCGGGCGUUUUCAGCGGCUUGACCGUGACGUUUUGCAGAUGUGUGUCUCUGGUUGCGAUAGACAUCAUGUCGAACGGGCGGACGGAUCAUUUGGCGGAUUAUCCGUUUUACAUCUUCUUCAUCCUGGCGUUGGGAACAGGAGUGUGGAUGGUGCGGGAGCUGAACAUGGGAUUAAUGCACUGAACAUUUUCUAUUUUCUUACGUGAUUUUUGCUUGCUAGUGUCUGUUCAUGCUCUGUAGAAGGUCUGCACCACCACAAUUGAUUCAGUUGUCUCCUCCUGUGCCGCGACUAAUCUGUGUCGGCUUUAGUCCGCUCAUUAUGAGUACGAAUAUUUACUCAACUUUCCCCGCCCAAUCUCAUCCUCGCACAGGUACGGCGACGCCACGACUGUCGUUCCAGUGAAUAUCGCCUUCAGCUUGCUUUUCCAGGUGUUGCUGGGGCAAUUUUACUGGCAAGAAUGGAAGAAGUUCGAAGAAGCUUGGUGGGUCGUUCUGUUCUUACUCGGCAUCAUCCUUUCUCUAGCGUCUGCCCUCUAUCCAACGUUGAUGCGACAAAAGAAACGACGAAGGCGCUUGUCAGGGAAUAACUUCGAUGCAACGGAGCUAGAGGAGGCGACUAUGAGUGCGGAUCAGAAGAAGAUGCAGAGUUUGAGAAAGCUCACUGUUGACACUACUCAGGUUAAGGGAGCAAUUGCGGAGGGAGGAGGCGAUGGUGAUCUCUCUCCUCAACAUACUAAGCGAAGAUCGUCUACUUACUCGUAGCAACCUGUACUUAUAAGCCACCAGGAGAGGGCGCUGUUUCUAUUAAUAUAUUAAAAAAACAAGCGUGGUCCACUUAAUGGAGCAGGUAGAUCUACUACUAGAUCGCUAAAGCAAAAAAUAGCUAUUGCCCAUUUCCCACACUUUCAGGUGCAGUCGGUACGCUUCCAGGGUAUUGCGGUAUGGUGGAGAGGAAGAAGAUUCUGGGUUUCGAAUUAGAGGCGUGGCCACAGUUUAGGAUAGGUAUUUGGUUUUCAGUUUCUAAUGUAGAUGCAUUGUACAAGAAUAGUUUUUGUUUUUCCUAAUUUAGAUGCAUAGUUUUUGUUUUCAUCCUAGUUAAGUCUGCUCUACCACAAAUAUAGAGGCAUUGUACAGCAAUCCCCUGAAGACAAAUGUCAUUUCUACAACAAUAUCUUCCACUACAACAGCUAGAGGUUAACUCCAUAGCAUCGAUCUCCAACAUCUUUUCAGGUGGCUCCCUCUGGCCUUCCGGUUCAUUGUUAGCCCAGUGGUUGAGAGAGAAUUCAGACCUUUUCCCCGCACAAGCAGACUACGUAGAAUUAGGUGCUGGCGUCGGACUCCCUUCCCUCGUUGUCACGCGGUAUUUGCAGCCACGACUAGUGACGUUGACGGAUUAUGCUGAUCUAGUGCCUCUGAUGCAGAAGCAACUCGAAUUGAAUUUCGAUCCUAGUGAGGAUAAAAAGGGAAAGGACCUUGGGGAGAACAAGAUAGCAGAAGAGGUGAAAGCAGAAGGACAAGCAACAGCAGAAGUCGUCCAGCCAGAUGCAGCGAAACAGCAAGAAGGAGGAACAGCAAGUGCGUCAUGCUCUACCGUAGUAAGUACUCGUCGCGAAGGAGCCGUCGUAGUCGGCCACCUUCAUGGCGGUGAUGGUCGUUUCAAUCCGCCGACCAAGGAAGCUGCUAGUAGUGGCUCGAGAGCGAACUCCAAGAAUAGAGCUGCUGCUAGUAGUGGAUCGCUGAACUUGCAAGUCGGUGGUUCCACCGCCAGUAGUUCGUGUAGUAGUAUACGAGACGACGCAAGCUGCAGUGGCGAAGAUUUCCAGACCCUAGUAGAGGCCAGACCACUAGAUUGGGCAAGCUGUACUGAGGAUUGUUACCCGUUACCGCAUAACCUGCGUGGCUACGAUUUCGUGCUAGGUGCAGAUAUAGUGUACGUCGAAGAGCAGGAUCCGCUGAUACAAGUGCUGGAGGCCUUUUUCGGAGGAGGGACGAACAAAAGUCCUCCAGCGGCGAACAACAGCAUUAGGGCGGUUGAUAUAUCAUCAAAUUAUUUAACCAGCACGAGUUGUCCAACAGCAGGAGCACGACAACUACAGUGUACUACAUCAACUAGCAAGGUUCCAACAGCAGCACAGCACCAUUCUACUACUGCUUUCUCAAUGUUGCCAGGAGGGCCACAGAUGAAUGCUGGACGCCGACGACCGCAAGCGUUGAUUUUGGCGUACCGUGAGCGCUCCACUGCAGAUCGCGAGUAUCUUGAGCAGAAGAUCCUUCCACGCUUUGCUCUCCGGGUGGGGUUUCGAUAUGACGGAGAAGUGAGCAAAUGCAUACUCGAUUGUGACGACGAAGAUGACAGAAAUUAUGAAAGUGCUUAAUGGUCUCAUGUUGUGGUUAAUAAUAUAGUUAGUAACUCAAGCUUAAUGGUCUCAUGUGCUUAAUAAUAUAGUUAGUAACUCAAGCUUAAUGGUCUCAUGUGGUUAAUAAUAUAGUUAGUAACUCAAGCUUAAAAAUGGUCUCAUGUGCUUAAAUAUUGUAGUACAUUUUUUGUUCUUCUACUCUAAGUAGGUCAGCCAGGGCUUUUAUCUUCUGCUUAAUUCUACGUACUACCUUGCUUCUAAGAUGAGGAUGACCGUCCUUCCUCUCACUCUUCUAAAUCCUCCUCGCUGCCAUGCGCCAAUUGGUCUCCGCCUUGAAGGAACGCGCAGGAGAGGGAGGGACUGGAACAGCGGUUGUUUCGCCAGAAGAGAUCAUAGUACAGGAAGCUGCCGAGGAUCAUGAUAAGCAGAUGGGUAGAACAAACGUCGGCACGACAGAGAUAUACGUGUUGGCUGGGUUUAGCUGAUGGAUUUUGUCGCGGUCUUUGGAAGAUCAUCUAGGUGAUGGAUUGUUUUGCUCAUCAUUCACGAACUCGUUUAGUGCUGGUUCUAGUAGUCGAGUUUUCGUGUUCUGCGCUUCUACGGCACACUCUGUUGCAAAUUGAGUGUUUUUGUAACUGAAGACUUUCAGUUUGAAUUUUGUUUGAAUGUGACGACAGAUUUUCAAUAUGACGACAGAAUUUCAGAAAUAUCCUGUGGCAUGGCUCUCCUUAGGAGGUACUGCGUCACUUGAUGGCCUCAUAAGUAGACACGUAUAGCUACACAAGAGGCACCAUGACAUGACAUAAACGCAGCUGCUUUUGACAACCUUAACUAAGGAUGCAUGGUUUUGGUGAGGAAGAUCAUCUUGUUUUCUAGUAUUUGUAACAGUUUUCUUGUGAGCUUAUGUUUCGGGUAAAGCUAAAGAAUCAAUGAAUGUUGGUACAACUGGUGAUGCGCAGAAUCAAUGAAUGUUGGUACAACUGGUGAUGCGCAGAGUCAAUGAAUGUUGGUACAACUGGUGAUGCGCAGAAUCAAUGAAUGUUGGUACAACUGAUGAUGCGCAGAAUCAAUGAAUGUUGGUACAACUGAUGAUGCGCAGCAGCUGCACGUAAAUCAUUUUUUAAGAGGAAGACCAGAACCAUUGAUUUUCUGUCAUAAUUCGAAUUUUCUUGAGAGCAGGAGCACCUUGAACACGGAGGCGCUUUCGCGCUUGUUUACUAUUUUCUUGUACGCAGAGAUAUGAAGGUUCGCCGCGUAUCGAACGUAGGGAGCCCAGAUGAAAAUACUCAUGUCAUACUUGAGUUCCUAGUAAACAUGCAUCUCACACUCACUCAUCGCGUGGAGGUUGUAAGAAACCGACGAGUUCUUCUGC